AUGAAAUUGUCUGUAAUUCUUUUACCGGUAAUUCUUUUACUCGCUCCCCUCAUUCUUGUUGUGAUGGCGUCAUUUACUACAGUCGCUGUCGUAACUUCUGUGCUAGCUCUAAUAGUCGUGUGGGUGCGAUUAGGUUUUCUUGCCGCAGAAUUCUCGGGUGGUGUUUUAAUGGACAUUGUUGGGUGGGGAAUGAGAAAAUGGGUUAAAGCAGAAGAUCAGACGAACGUCAAGGUUGCUAAAACCAAAGUUGAGAAUAAAAAGAUCAACUCGAAAGAAUACAACUCAUAUCAUCAACAUAAACAAAAGAAGCAACAACGUAAACAGCAGAAGGAAUUAAAUCGAGUCGCCGCCGCAAAAGUUAAUAUGUGGGAAACCAAUAAGAUUUCUGUGAAUUUCGAAGAUAAGGUUCUCUUGAAAGAGCUUGCUCUCAAUGGCGGCGAGUUUUAUGCAAAACGCCCGCAUGGAAGAAGAGCGAAAAGUGACAAUAAUUAUACUUUAUAA